AAAAAAAAAAAUUGGAUGAGUCUCGGAAUCAAUGACAUGGACAUUCUUCCAAUAAACGAAGAAGUGCCUCUCUCUGUAGUCUAGUCUAAAACCCACACACAAUCCUACUCACAAUUCUUCGAUUUCCCUGCUUUCCACGCAAAACCCAAUUCCCUGAAACCAUAAAAUCGUUUCCCUUGGUGCUUUCUCUUCACUUUCCCUUCUCUGAAACACCCAUUUCCGCUUUCAUCAACAACGCGUGAGGCGUGAGGCGUGAGGUGUCGAGGCUUUGGAGUCUAUUUUGGCUGCCACAAACACAAGAAAACACCGACCCCAAAUCGAUGUCACCGCCUUUUUGAGUAGCCGACAAAUACAGAUUGUCUCGCUUUCCCUUCUAACCCUCUAAUGCUAACAUUUUGGUGGGGUUGUUUACCAAAGUUUUCAGACGGAGAUUUCAAAGUCGGUGCUUCGAAUGUUCCUCGAAUCUUUACAUUUGAUCGUUUUGGUAUAGAUAUUAGUUUAUUAUAUGGAGAAAAUCCCAUGUGGUAAACACUUCUGAAUUGGUGUGUUCUUCUAGAAUUUGAAGCGCAGAGGAGAGAAUUGGGUAUCAUCCAAGGGCUGAAAUUUGAUUGGAGGAGGUUGUUUUGAUAUUGGUGAGAAACCCACCAAUAAAAUCAAAUCUUUUGAUGUUUGGGGGUUUGUAUAUAUGAAUGUGAAAUUCAUGUAGAAUCAGAAGAGAAGUUGAGAUUUAUUAGAAGAGGAUGGUUGCAACUACUGAGGGUGAAGUGUACUCAAAUGGGUUGAUUCAGAACUCAAAUGGCGCCACAGAAGAGAAGGUCGAUGAGCUUCGUCGUCUUCUGGGUAAAGCAGAUGGUGACCCUUUGAGGAUUGUUGGUGUUGGGGCUGGUGCUUGGGGUAGUGUUUUUGUAGCAUUGUUGCAAGAUAGCUAUGGUCACCUCAGAGAGAAGGUUCAGAUUAGGAUAUGGAGAAGACCCGGAAGGUCUGUUGAUAGAGCAACAGCUGAGCAUCUAUUUGAGGUGAUCAAUUCGAGGGAAGAUGUAUUGAGGAGACUUAUUAGGCGAUGCGCGUACUUGAAGUAUGUGGAGGCCAGAUUAGGCGAUCGGACGCUAUAUGCAGACGAGCUUUUGAAAGAUGGGUUUUGCGUGAAUAUGAUUGACACCCCACUCUGCCCUUUAAAGGUUGUCACCAACUUGCAGGAGGCUGUGUGGGAUGCUGAUCUUGUGGUGAAUGGUUUGCCAUCAACGGAAACAAGGGAGGUUUUUGAAGAAAUUAGUAAGUAUUGGAAGGAAAGAAUUACUAUGCCAGUCAUCAUUUCAUUAGCAAAGGGUAUAGAGGCUGAAUUGGAACCCGAACCCCGUAUAAUAACUCCUACUCAAAUGAUCAAUCGAGCAACUGGACUUCCCAUGGAGAACAGUCUAUAUCUUGGAGGACCUAAUAUUGCAUCAGAGAUUUACAACAAGGAAUAUGCUAAUGCUCGGAUAUGUGGAGCUGAAAAGUGGAGGAAACCACUAGCAAAAUUUUUGAGGCAACCCCAUUUUGUUGUGUGGGAUAAUGGUGACCUUGUCACUCAUGAAGUUAUGGGUGGCUUAAAAAAUGUCUAUGCCAUCGGAGCUGGUAUGAUAGCAACUCUAACUAAUGAGAGUGCCACCAGUAAAUCAGUAUACUUUGCACACUGUACAUCAGAGAUGAUAUUUAUUACUCAUCUUUUAGCAGAAGAACCAGAGAAGCUUGCAGGUCCUCUGUUGGCUGACACAUAUGUAACCCUGUUGAAAGGUCGUAAUGCGUGGUAUGGCCAAAAGUUGGCUAAAGGGGAAUUAAGCCUUGAUAUGGGCGAUAGUAUCAAAGGGAAAGGGAUGAUUCAGGGAGUCUCCGCAGUGAAAGCCUUUUUUGAGCUACUAAGUCAGUCUCGUUUAAGUAUCCUACAUCCCGAAGAAAAAAAGCCUGUCGCUCCAGUUGAGCUCUGUCCCAUCUUGAAAACAUUAUAUAAAAUACUAAUAAUGCGGGAGCUCCCACCACUGGCCAUUCUUCAGGCACUGAGAGAUGAAACUAUGCAUGAUCCCCGAGAGCGCAUUCAAAUAGCACAAACCCAUGCAUUUUACAAACCUUCCCUUCUUGGGCAGCAGCCUUGAAGGAGAUACGAGCAAUAAAUUUUUUCUGUUCUCCCAGGAUGGGAAAUCUAAGUGAACUAAGAUUUUGCAUAUUCAGCCAUUUUUGUAGCAUGAUAUGGACUUAUGAUGAUCAGUACAAUAGUUGUUUAAGCAAUGGUUUGUCAGAUUAUGUAUCUCAGUUCAUUUGCCCCUCA